GGACUAUCUCCAUCCUACACGCACAGCCACACCGUCAUGCAUUAUGUUCCCACCCAAUGUCCCACAACAGGAUUUUAAACCAGGAAUGAUACAGUUACUUCCUACCUUUCAUGGCUUAGAGAAUGAAAAUCCUUACGUGCACAUUAGAGAGUUUGAGGAGGUAGUGGCGACUUUUCAUAGUCAACCCGGUACAAUAGAUGCAGUUAGACUUAAGUUUUUUCCAUUUUCUUUGAAAGAUAGAGCGAAAAGUUGGUUGUAUUCACUGAGACCGCGGUCAAUAGGAUCUUGGGAUGAGAUGACACAGGUUUUCUUUAACAAAUACUUCCCCCACCAUAAGACCAGUGGUUUGAAGAGACAGAUUUCAACCUUUGCACAAAAGGAUAGUGAGACUUUGUAUCAGGUGUGGGAGAGGUUUAAAGAUUUGUUGAACUUGUGUCCUCAUCACGGCUAUGAGAGUUGGCGUUUAGUUAGUUACUUUUAUGAGGGACUUACACCUAGAGAGCGCCAAUUUGUAGAGAUGAUGUGUAAUGGUGAGUUCUUGCAGAAAGAUCCGGAUGAGGCCAUAGAGUACCUGAAUGAUCUAGCUGAGAAAGCUCAUACUUGGACAGGACCUAGUGCGACUGAUAGUACUAGUAGGUCACGACCUACAGCUACUCCUUCUAGUGGAGGAAUUUACCAUCUUAGAGAGGAGGAUAAUCUCAAGGCCCGGAUAGAAAUUCUGACUAGGGAGUUAGAGGCCUUAAAAACAAAGGAUACAAAGGUUACGCAUACUGUUUCUCGUGUUGAGUCCCAUGGACCCUGUUUUGUAUGUGGUGGAGUGGAUCACCUAGCUCAGGAUUGUCCCACAUUUGCUGAAAUGAGGGGUGUGUAUGAGGAACAUUGUAAUGCCCUAGGUAUGUACAAGAAGCCUUUUACACCCUUUUCAGAUACCUAUAAUCCUGGUUGGAGGAACCAUCCUCACUUUAGUUGGAAAUCUGACCCGCAACAUCCUGCACAACCACAGCUGCCUAGAGCUUAUUCUACACCUCCAUACCAUGCCCCAUCUUCUAGGAAUCCUUUAGAGGACACACUACAUGCUUCUAUUGAGGCUCAGAAUAAGACAAACCAGAAGUUUGAAUCAAUGAUUACUCAGGUGGUUGAGGAAAAUAAAGAGAUUAGGAGUCAAGUGUCUAAGUUGAUUAGUGCUUUAACCGUAAAUGAGCGAGGAAAAUUUCCAUCGCAAGCUCAACCCAAUCCCCAAGGUCAGCAUAUGGCACAAACUUCUAAUCCUGAUAGGCAAGAUCUUAAGGAGGUUAAUUCCAUAACUACUCGAAGUGGUAAGGUUAUAGAAAGGGUUCCCAAGCCUAAGGACACACAAGAGAAGUUGAGUAGUGAUGUAGUUGAUGUUCCAAGAGAGGAAGAGAUAGUGAAGAGUCCAGUUAGAGUGCCCUUUCCUCAAGCUCUCAAGUCUACCUCAAGAGUUAUGGACCAUAGUAGCGAGAUCCUAGAGAACCUAAGGCAAGUGAAAAUUAAUCUUCCUUUGUUACAUGUGAUAAAACAGGUUCCAACUUAUGCAAAGGUCCUUAAAGAUUUGUGCACUGUAAAAAGAAAACACCAUGUUAAGAAAACAGCUUUUCUAACGGAACAAGUAAGUGCUUUGAUUGAACAGAGAAUCCCACCAAAAUAUAAGGACCCAGGAUGCCCCACAAUUUCUUGUAUUAUUGGGAAUCAUGAGUUUGCACAGGCCUUACUUGAUUUGGGAGCUAGUGUCAAUCUCAUGCCUUAUUCUGUUUACUUGCAAUUGGGAUUAGGAGAGAUCAAACCCACCUCUGUGGUCUUACAGUUAGCUGAUCGGUCAGUAAAGAUACCAAGGGGGAUAGUUGAGGAUGUGUUAAUUCAAGUUGAUAAAUUUUACUAUCCUGUUGAUUUCUUGAUUCUAGACACACACUCUGUUGUUAUUUCUGAAUCAAAAAUCCCCAUUAUUUUAGGUAGACCUUUUCUUGCCACCGCUAAUGCUCUUAUUAAUUGCAGGAAUGGAUUGAUGAAGUUGUCCUUUGGGCAUAUGACCCUUGAGGUCAAUAUCUUCCACAUAAGCAAACAGCCACAGGAGGACGAUGAGUGUCACCAAACUUACCUGAUAAACACACUUAUGCAAGAGGAAGCCAUCACAAAACAUGACCCCGAUCCUCUUGAAUAUUUUCUUAUUAAUUCUGGGUUUGAUAGCACAUUUGACUCUAAUGAUGUUACUAAUAUUUGUGCUGUUUUUGAUUCAUCUCAGGAUUAUGGGACGAGGACAUGGCAACCAAGAUUUGAGGAGCUGCCCUUGAUGCGAGAACAACCGAAGCCAUCUACCAUUGAAGCCCCAAAAGUCGAGUUAAAGCCACUGCCUAAGGGUUUAAAACAUGCAUUUCUUGGUCCAGGUGAUACCUUUCCUGUAAUAAUUUCUUCUGACUUAAGUGCAUCACAAGGUAAAAAAUUACUUACAACUUUGAAUGAGCAUAAAUCUGCACUUGGUUGGACCAUGGCCGACAUUAAAGGCAUCAGCCCUUUAAUUUGUUCUCAUAGGAUUCACUUGGAGGAGGGAGCUAACCCUCGUAGAGACCCCCAACGCAGGCUAAACCCUACCAUGAAAGAAGUUGUGAAAAAUGAAGUCUUAAAACUGUUAGAUGCGGGUAUUAUUUAUCCGAUUGCUGAUAGCAAGUGGGUUAGUCCUACGCAGGUAGUUCCUAAAAAGUCAGGUGUCACAGUAGUGAAGAAUGAUGUAGGAGAAUUAGUCCCUACCAAAGCAGCAACCGGGUGGCGCAUGUGCAUUGAUUAUAGGAAGUUAAAUGCUGCCACUCGCAAAGAUCAUUUUCCCUUUCCAUUCAUCGACCAAAUCUUAGAGCGUGUAGCUGGUCAUCCCUUUUAUUGUUUUUUAGAUGGUUAUUCUGGUUAUUAUCAAAUUGAAAUUGCUUUAGAGGACCAAGAUAAGACCACUUUUACAUGUCCCUUUGGAACUUAUGCAUUUCGUCGUAUGCCAUUUGGUUUGUGUAAUGCUCCAGCUACCUUUCAAAGGUGCAUGAUGAGUAUUUUUAGUGAUAUGGUUGAGAAUUGCAUGGAGGUGUUUAUGGAUGACUUGACUGUUUUUGGUGACUCCUUUGAUGUAUGUUUGUUUAAUUUAAAAAGGGUUCUAGCUCGUUGCAAAGAAAAAGGCCUUGUAUUGAAUUGGGAGAAAUGCCAUUUUAUGGUGCCUUCGGGUAUUGUUUUGGGCCAUAUUGUUUCCUCUAGGGGAAUAGAGGUUGAUCAAUCCAAAAUUGAGUUGAUCUCUAAGUUGCCCACACCUAAGACUGUGAAGGAUGUUAGAUCAUUCCUUGGUCAUGCUGGUUUCUAUAGGAGGUUUAUCCAGAAUUUUUCUGCCAUAUCUAGACCAUUGUGUAACCUUCUAGUUAAGGAUACCCCAUUUGAGUGGACACAAGAGUGCCAAGCGGCAUUCCAAACGCUUAUUGGGAAGCUCACUUCAGCUCCCAUUAUGCAGCCACCAGAUUGGAGUUUACCUUUUGAAAUUAUGUGUGAUGCAAGUGACUACGCAGUAGGGGCUGUCUUAGGUCAACGGAGAGAGGGAAAGCCCUUUGUCAUUUAUUAUGCUAGUAGGACUUUAAAUAGUGCUCAAAUGAAUUAUUCUACUACUGAAAAAGAACUACUAGCUGUAGUAUUUGCAUUAGAUAAAUUCCGUGCUUAUUUGAUUGGCUCGCCUAUUACAAUUUUUACAGAUCAUGCAGCCCUUAAGUACCUUCUCGCAAAGAAGGAUGCUAAGGCGCGAUUAAUUAGGUGGAUCUUGCUUUUGCAGGAAUUUAAUCUAACCAUCAAGGACAAGAAGGGUUUAGAGAAUGGGGUGGCUGAUCACCUCUCAAGGUUAAUAUUUGAGGAUACUACAGAUACACCACCGAUCCGUGAUGAUUUUCCAGAUGAACAAUUAUUUUCUAUCACCUCCAUGCCGUGGUUUGCACAUAUUGUCAAUUAUUUGGUAACAGGUGAGAUGCCAUCAGACUGGAAUGCACAGGAUAAGCAGAAGUUCUUAACAGAGGUACGUUCUUUUUAUUGGGAUGAUCCACAUCUUUUUAAGUACUGUCCUGACCAAAUUAUGAGGAGAUGUAUCCCAGAUGAUGAGAUAGCAAGUGUCUUAGAAUUCUGUCAUUCCCAAGCUUGUGGAGGCCAUUUCUCUAUGAAGAAAACCGCUGCAAAAAUUUUGCAGUGUGGAUUUUAUUGGCCAUCAUUGUUUCGAGACACAAAUGUUUAUUGUCGUUCUUGUGAGAAAUGUCAAAAAUUAGGAGCUUUGUCCCGUCGUAAUAUGAUGCCUUUGAAUCCAAUUUUAGUGAUAGAAAUUUUUGAUUGCUGGGGUAUAGAUUUUAUGGGACCGUUUCCUCCUUCUUUUGGUUAUCUAUAUAUUAUUGUUGCAGUAGAUUAUGUGUCCAAAUGGGUAGAGGCUGCAACUUGUAGGAACAAUGACAAUAAGACAGUAAUUAAAUUUCUAAAGGAAAAUGUGUUGUCUCGUUUUGGUACACCACGUGUUAUCAUUAGUGACCGGGGUACACAUUUUUGUAACCGUUCCUUUGAAGCAUUGAUGAGGAAGUAUGGGGUGGUGCAUAAGAUUUCUACAGCUUACCAUCCUCAAACAAGUGGGCAGGUAGAGCUUGCUAAUAGAGAGAUUAAGCGUAUUUUAGAGAAAACGGUUAACCCCGACCGGAAGGAUUGGUCAUUGCGAUUAACUGAUGCACUUUGGGCAUACCGUACAGCUUUCAAGACCCCCCUAGGCAUGUCACCUUAUAGGCUUGUUUUUGGUAAACCUUGCCACCUACCGGUAGAGCUAGAACAUAGAGCCUAUUGGGCUAUUAAGAACUUUAACUUUGAUUUACCUGAAGCCGGUGAGCUUAGAAAGUUCCAGAUGACCGAGUUAGAAGAGUUGCGAAAUGAAGCUUAUGAAAAUUCUAAAAUUUACAAGGCUAAGAUGAAGGCAUUUCAUGAUAGAAAUAUUCUUAGAAAAACAUUUGCACCUAAUCAACGAGUAUACUUAUAUGAUUCUAGGCUUCAUAAACACCCUGGUAAAUUACGAUCUAGGUGGACUGGUCCUUUUGUGGUAAAGCAUACAUUUGAGAAUGGAGCGGUAGAGAUAGAAGAUCCUAGAGAUGGUCGGAUGUUUAAGGUAAAUGGCCAGAGACUCAAGCCGGUCCUUGAGAAAGAGGCUCCAGUAGAGGAAGAUAUUCUUCUCAUGGACCCCGUCUACGAACAGUGAUGCUAUGCCCAUGCAGGUACGUUUCUCUUAUUCCUUGUUUCU